AUGAUAGAAAUCAAAGAAUUUUUCAAAUAAUAACAUGUCAAACAUUACAUGUGGACCGAAAUCUAAGGCCUAUUAGCUUUUGUAAUAAUAAAUUAUCUUCUUUUUGGUACAACUAGUGCAGUAGGGCAAAUUUAUUUCUGCAUACCUGUUCUAUUUUUAUACAUGAUCUUUUAAUUGUCAUUAUGUUGGACUCCUAAUUAUAAUUCAAGAUUUAUUUUCAACAUGAGCAGUUGUUCAAUUUUUACUAUAUGCCUGCCAACCUUUAUUUGGUUUUAUAUGAAUGUCUUUUCCCCUCUAAUCUUUUUAGAAUUAAAACAAGUGGAAAACUGCACUGCAUCAGGAAUCCUCAAAACUAGUUUAGAUGGAAUUGAAGCUUACUCUCUAUUAUAUGUUGAAUAUACAUAAGAAGGUCAUUCAUAUUUAGGAUCAGCUUGUCUUACAAAUUAAUUUUAAGCUAACUAUUACAACUUAGUCUCUCCCUUUCGCUUUUAUAGAUACAAUGAUACUUUUGAUUGUGGACCAGGUAUUGUAGAUUAUCCAAUCACAAAAACUAAUAAUAAAAAUCAGUUUUAACAAGAUUUUAAUGGAUAGAGCUUGAAUUAAAAUUUUGAUAUCACAAAUGGAGCUUAAUCUCAAAUAGUUAUUUCCCCUAAAAAUGAAUACCACAGAAACUCUAACUAAACUACAUCUUAUAAUAAUAAAUAUGGAUAUAGAUAUCAUCCAUAUCCAUACUAUGGGGAAAGUAGUUAUGGGAUGUGUUUGCAAAAUUAUACAUUUAGUAAAGUCAAAAUACCAACCUGGAUGUGUGGAUAAGAUACUUAAGAUUUCGAGAUUUUAACAAAACCUAAAACAUGCUAUGUCCUUUAUUAUAACUAGGAUAAAAAUUUAGCUUAGCAAAAUGCUCAAAAUUAUUUAAAUUAAAGAGAAUAAAAUGAGCUAGCUGUUAUCAGUUUUGAUUAAAAUAUAUACUAUCCCAAAAGAGUUUUUACAUAUAUCAUUAUUUUCUUAUAUUAUCCCUUAAUAUUAUCUCUAAAUAGCUUCUUUCAAUAUUCAACUGACUGGGCUUUUGAAAAAGUAUCAAAAAGCAGAUAAGAGUAGCAAAAUAACAUAAUUGAUUCAAAUUCUUAAUCUAAUAAAAAUUUAGAAAUGGGUCUAAUUGAAAAUUAAUAACCUUGA